GAGACGCGGCGAAGUGCCUGUCCCUCUCGUCCUCCGGCCAGCCCACCUAAGCUCGGGUAGCGUUGGGAAGUCGCUGGGAGGAGGAGUCCAGCUGGCGGAGCGGGAAUGAGGCCUCGCUCCUAUCCAGAGAAGGGCGCAGGUCGCUUUGACGCGGGUCUUCGGCAGCUGCCGAUAUGAAUGGGGAGCGGAGGUCGCUGCGGAACUCAAAGCCCACGGAUUUAGACAGUGAAGAUAGCCAUACAAACAGGCCCUGCUACUUGGAACCUUGGAUUGUGAAUCUUCUGCUGGAGUACAAGGAUUCUGAAGCCAGAGAAGAAGGUCAACUUGGGCAUGUCCUGAGGGUUCUAAAUGAGACAAAGGCUCUGCAUCAUGAUGAGCAGCUCCCAGCAGCUGUUCUGUGCAUCGCAGAUGGGCAUCACUAUAUCCAAGUGGAUGUUUCAGCCCAAGCUGUUCAGAUGACAAAAAGUGCUCUACCCCAGUCUGGAUUUUCCAGUAUUGUUGGCCAAUUCAUCGUCCUGCAGAAUUUUAGGGUUUGUUUUAAAGAAGCAGCUAAUGUGGAGGAUUGUCGAUUUUACCUUGUACUUGAUUGUUUUCGAGUGAUGCCCAUGAAGCGGAGGGAACGGAGGCAGCAAGACUGCAACCGGGAGCCCUCAGUACUGGAGAAGAUAAAGGAACUGUGGCAGAAAAGCCUUGCUCUCCAGCCCUGGUCCAGCUCAGAGACAUCAUCUGUUUCUGAAGUACUGCGGGAGAUAAAGCAGGAUCGACUCAAUACUUUAAAAGAAAAUGCCAAGGAUUGUCUCAGUUUAUUGAACCCCAGCAAGCUGUUGGAUUUUGAGCAGUUGGCUGUAUAUCCUGACACCAAAUGGCAGGUGGAACGCAAGCAAGAUAAGGUUCACCAGAAUGUCUUUGCCAUCCCAGCCAAGCUGUUGACGAUCAGUGCAGAAAAUGAAGCAUUACUUCACAAGUCCUACCUACCAAAGCCCUCUCAAGCUAUUCUUGAGAGUACUCAAGAUGAUGACCAAAGUACUGUAUCUUUUUUCAGUGCUGAAUCUGAAAGCCCAGAUGGUUCCUUAGAAAACCCUUGGGAUGUAUUUCCAGCAAUGACUCUGUCCACCUCCAAUGAUACACCUGGUAUAUCACACAGCCUUCCCUGUGCACAGCAGGUGCUCAUGGCUAAUACUGCUGAGGAAGAAGAGACUCCACGCUCCAACAGCUGCACCCCAGAUUUGCUGGAACCUCGUGUUCAUAUGGCCCACUGUAGCUCUGGCCAGGAUGAGCCAAAAGAGACUGUGUCUCCAUCAUUACUUCCUUUUCACAGCAGUACAUCUCCCAAGGAAUCUGCCAGUCAAAAAUCCAGCUCUGUUGCAUUGAACACUGCACGUAAUGUCAGCAAAACUGCAAAUAUUGAUGAAACAAUUCCCUGUGGCCAAUCACUGAGGAAUUCACAUUCUCACACUAAUAUGUGCCUUCACUCUUCUGUCCAUUCCCCAAUUCAGAGAAAUAUCUCUCUUGGGUCCUUGUCUGAAAAUACAGAGGAAGAUCAUAUGGCCCAUUUCCAGAGGGAUCAAACAGUGGUGAGAAGAUCUGGGGAGAAAUUCCUGGACAUAAGCAGGACAUGUGUGGCAGCUAAAAGGAAACAAAUGACUCUAGAUGAGGAGGAGCCUACUGAGACUUUCUCUGAUCCCACAUGUACCAGUCUGAAAACCCUAAGGCAGCAUACUACCACGGCCUUUCCAGAAUCCAGUAAGCUGGAACUGGUAGCUAUGAACGUGUCCAAAAAGAGCCGGAUCAAGGAGAUGCAAGUUCAACAGCAUCAGGUAUCAGCCCAGUUUAGAUGCACAGAGGGAGUCCUGGAAAAGGGAAGGGAGUCAGGAGCCACAAAAGUCAUCACUAGGUCAGAAGAACAGCUUGGAGUUCAACAGCUGGAGUGUGUGAGAGGAGCCCCUUUUCAUAUUACGUACAAGCCACCAACAUCUGAACUCUGCUCCCAAGUGCACUCUACAAGGAUCUCAAGAGCAUUGCUAGGAUGGGCAUGCUGGGUUUUCAACAGCACACAGAAAUAAUAGUCUUUGCUGAAGUUCCUUGUUCUUCUCAGCUGUCGCACCCUGGGCCAACAUCUUCAAGAAGUUAUCCACUACGACUCCAGUUUGGACACCAUAAGAGUGAAGUUGGUAUUUUAAUGCUUUCCACCAGUUUUCCUGGAACAAAUAGUAAGCUGACUGGGCUGUAAUUUCCUUUAUUCUACUUGGAUCCUUUCUUUAAAACUGGAGUUAACUUUCCAGUGUUUAGGUAUGGAGGCUGAUCUUGGGGACAAAUGAAAUAUUUUGAUAUAAAACAAGCAAAUUAAGAACUUGAGUGGAUGACAUGGACC